CAUAAAUUUGACAUGGGCGUUGAUAGGGUUGAUAAGGUUGAAAAUUCACGGAUGGAUAGUCCUGAGUCUCGACACCGUGGCCAUUUGCAUUGAUAAAUUUAUGAAUGGUUUAUCUUAUAGCAAAGCUCUUGCAUGUUUAGCAUUGUUCUUAGUUUCACUCUAUUUGUGACUGGAACCCUAUUUGCUAAGCAUCCAUCGGCAAUACUCAGCAACGAUGGCAGCAAUGUUGGCUCAGAAUUUCUGCAAUUCAAGUGCUCGAGAAAAUGUUACACAAAGGGUAGAUGGAACAAGGGCAGAUAGGCAAAUAGAUCUCUCAGUCAAGAAUCGAAAGUCUAUUUCAGCCCAAAAGAAUGGCAGUAAAACAACGGCUGUGAAAGCUCUGACUGGAUUGCCUAAUUUCUCACUUAAUCGUACUUUAUGUUCUUAUGUGGAUUCUGGGCACAUGGACAAAGCUCUUUCUUUAUUCGAGAGUUUAGAGAAUCCAGAAACCUUCUUAUGGAAUGUUAUGAUUAGAGGGUACACUGAUAAUGGGUUCUACAGGAAGGCGAUUGAAUUUUAUCAGUGGAUGAACUUUAUUGGGGUGAGAGCUGAUAAGUUCACCUUCCCUUUUGUAAUCAAGUCUUGUGCUGAAUUGUCUAUUUCUGCAGAAGGAUUGAAGGUUCAUUCAAGGAUGAUUAAAAUUGGCUUGGAUUCCGAUAUCUUCAUUUGUAAUUCUCUCAUUGCCAUGUAUUCAAAACUUGGGUAUAUUGAGUUUGGAGAGAGGAUAUUUGAGGAAAUGCCUGUGAGAGACUUGGUUUCUUGGAAUUCUAUAAUUGGUGGGUAUGUUUCAGUUGGGGAUGGGGUGAAUUCAUUAUCGCAUUUUCGAGAAAUGUUAAGACUUGGAAUUAAUCCUGAUAGGUUCGGGAUCAUUGGUGCUCUUUCUGCUUGUUCUCUUGAGAGAUCUCAACAACAUGGGAAGGAAAUUCACUGCCGUGUAGUUAGAUGUGGGUAUGGAUUUGAUAUCAUGGUCCUGACAUCACUCGUUGACAUGUACUGCAAAUGUGGAAGUGUAGAUUUGGCAGAGAGGUUGUUUGAUAGGAUUUCUUUGAGAGGCUUGGUUUCUUGGAACUCAAUGAUAGGUGGGUAUGCAUUGAACAAUGAGCCAAUUAAGGCAAUCACUUGCUUGAUAGAGAUGCAGAAUUCUCAUAAUUUGAGUCCUGAUGUGAUCACGUUGGUGAAUGUGCUCCCUGCUUGUGCACAAUUAAGAGCUUUUCUACAGGGUAAAUCCAUCCAUUGCUUUGCUGUUAGAAAAGGCUUUGUACCUCAUUCAAUCUUGGACACUGCUUUAGUUGAUAUGUAUGGGAAAUGUGGGAAGACGGUAUUGGCAGAGCGUGUGUUUCAUCAAAUGAAUGAGAGGAGCUUGAUUUCAUGGAAUGCUAUGAUUGCCGCUUAUGCACAAAAUAGAUGUAGCUUAAAAGCCCUGACACAAUUUUCUUCCCUUCAGAAAGGGCCCCUCAGACCAGAUGCCGUAACAAUUGCAAGCAUCCUACCUUCGUAUGCUGAAUCAGCCUCACUAAUGGAGGGAAAGCAAAUCCAUGGUUACAUUUCAAAAUUAGAAUUAAAUUUGAAUACUUUCAUCCUGAACUCUCUGAUACAUAUGUAUGCAAAAUGUGGUGACCUCCAGAUGGCAAGGCAAGUUUUUGACACAAUGCAUUUUAAGGAUGUCAUUUCAUGGAACACUAUGAUUAUGGCAUAUGCAAUUCAUGGGUAUGGGAGACUUGGUCUUGAACUAUUCUCAAAGAUGGAAGAAAAUGGCAUUAAACCCAAUGGGAGUACAUUUGUUUCUUUGCUAUCGUCUUGUAGCAUCGCUGGCAUGGUUGAUGAAGGAUGGAAGUAUUUUAGCUCCAUGAAAGAAGUCUACAAUAUUGAGCCCGGGAUAGAGCACUAUGGAUGCAUGGUUGAUCUUUUAGGUCGCACAGGAAGUCUUGACCAAACCAAGUGUUUCAUAGAGGAAAUGCCACUAAACCCAACGGCAAGGAUAUGGGGAUCUCUACUGACUGCCUGUAGAAACAAUGGAAACUUACAGUUAGCAGAGUUUGCAGCUAAGCAUAUUUUUUCCAUGGGACAAGAUAAUACUGGGUGCUAUACUUUGCUCAUCAACAUGUAUGCUGAAGCUGGAAGGUGGGAAGAUGUAGAAAGAAUGAGAUAUCUUAUGAAGAAAGAAGGGUUACAGAAAACAAUUGCAUACAGCAUGAUUGCACUGAAUGGUAACAUUUUCAGCUUUGUCAAUGGAGACAAGUCUCAUACUGAGACCAGCACCAUAUAUGAUGUCUUAGAUGUUAUCUUGACGCAUAAAGGGGAAGAUAGAUACACUCCUAUCAUUUCCAAUUUCAGGCCACUAGAUUUACUAAAGAAAAAGGCAAGCACACCGGAGGCUCACAGUGUGAGAUUGGCUAUUUGUUUUGGCUUGAUCUCCAUGACAAUUGGGACCCCCAUCCUUGUCAGAAAAAAUGUCAGAAUAUGUCAGGAUUGCCAUAAUGCUGCAAAAAUUAUCUCAAAGGUUACUAACCGAGAGAUCAUAGUGGGGGAUUCAAAAAUCUAUCACCACUUCAAAGAUGGAUGUUGCUCUUGUGGUGAUUAUUGGUGAUCAUUUAACAUAAACUUUAGCUAAAUUUGUAAAUAUAAAUGCAAAAGAUCUAUAGAGUAGUUACUAAUAUGUUAUGUUUAUAUCCUUUUCAAAAAUGAUGUUAUGUUUAUAUCUAUAUUUUGUCCGAGGAAAGAAUUUGGCUUAA